UAAAGUGAUGUUUAUAAUGAUAAAUAUACAGUACAUAAAGGAAUAAUGAUGCUUUGCAUAAUUCAAUUCAACAAUCCAUCUUCAUCUACAUAGAGAGUAUUUUAUAUCAGUGUAACAGUGCGAAGAAAGCCCACAAUAAUAAAAACAUAUUGGUAGGCUUAGUGGUAUAAUGUGGAUUGUGUAAAGCUGCUUUGCGACAAUGACAAUUGUUAAAUUGUAUAUUUAUUUUCGCUAUACAAAAAUAAAUUAAAAAUUGAAUUGAAUUAAAGACUAAACAUUGAUGUUGGUCUACAGUGAGAAAGAAAAGUGAUAUAAUCAUCCUUCCUCAUAUUCUCCACAAGUGAGUCAGGUUGUGUAGCAGACCAGGAAUGAUACAGCGUUCAAUUACUCAUUACAUCAAAAAAGUAAAGUUACUUUGUAACACUCAACACUGGUGAGCACACAGAUAAGCUUAUUUUUUACCACUUGAACAUUUAGUAUAGACGUUUGGAUGUAUGGUUUUUAUGUAAAAACUAAAACUUUACGCUUUGUAAUUUACACCCUAGUUUCCGGUAUGUUCUGGUAGUUUCUGGUAGGUUCCGGUUUGCUGGGGAGAAAUGGAGUAGUCACUGUCCGUUGUUAUGGAAUGGUCCUAAUUUGCUUGGAACCAGAUUCUCUAAAUUUUCAUUCUAUAACGUUUAGCUUUAAUCACAUAACCAAUUGUGGUGGCCAGUUCAUGUGUGAAAACGAUUCCUCUUGCUCCAAGAACCACAGAAAAACUCCAUAGAUGACCUGAUAACCUGGUUAUUCAGUAUAUUCAGGUCGUUUUUCCAACUACAUUUCUUCCAUAGAGUUGAUGGUUCAGACUAUACUUCCAGUUUUUGAUAAUGUGUUGGAGGAUUCUUAACACAGUUGUAGUAAUUUCAGAUAUCCUUAGUUGUUUUCUUUGCUUGAUGUAGCCUAUCAAUUUGAACCUUCUGAAAUGGUGACUUGUUUUGUAUAAUAAGCUGUAAUGAAAGCUCUCUAUAUCUGUCGCUCUAAAUCUACAGUACAGUAUACAGUAUAUAUCUAUCUACAGUAUCUAUAGAUAGAUAUCUAUCUAUCUAUGAAGAGUACAUACUUUAUACAUGUAUAUGUUUUUAGGUAUAUAUAAUAUAUACUAAAAAUUACACUUUAACACAUUGUAAAUCACCCUACAGUUUUGUUUUGCUUUGUUUUUGUUAAACAUCAUCUUUGUGUUUAUUCUGCACUCUUCCUUCUUGCACUGCAUGUUCACUUGAUUUUCACUCUUUCAUUUUCCCUUCUGUUUUCCGGUGCUCGAACAGAAGAAGGUUAAAGCUGGGGAAAAGUGCAGUAAGGUCAUGGAGCAGUUUAUACAAGACCCUGCCACUGAUAAAGGGUGGGCAGGGCCCAGUUCAUACAAGGCCUUGCCUACUGAGUUUCGAAGAAGUCAAAGUGGCAACUCUCAGUUUCCCAGCAUUCCACAACAAAGUUCUCAGAGUGGCGACAGUGAUAAAGGAAAUUUUUUAAAAGAGCGUAGGCUUAAAAGGCAUAGAGUUAGGAAACAGAGAGCUAAAACAGAGAGCCAGCCAAAGUCAAUGCCUAAACCUGACUUGCAAAGCCAGGUAAUUGAGAUUAAGCCUAAAGGUAAACCCCAGCCAAGUCACGAGGACUUAUUCGGGUCUGAGGUAAAUGUACAUUCCAAUAAAGUAAAACAUGCUGAAACUGAGACUGAGGAUGAAUUUUAUAAAUCUGAAGAAAUGCAUAAACAUUUUAGACAAGAUGAUUUCUACACAGCAGGAUACAAAACAAGGUCAGUUGACAAAAGACAGCAACAAGCCAUUGAGAAAAGGAGGCAGGAGUUGCCUAGAGAGUUGUCUACUGAAAUCACACAGGUCAAACACAUACCUGCUCAAUCUGAAAGCAAGCUAGUGAAAGUGAAACGCAAACCAGUACUUGUGCAAAGCAAAUCACUGGAUAGUACCACUGAGCAUGAUGUAAAUACAUGGGAUGACAAUACUAGUAGUGAACUGAAUAAUCAAGCACAGACAAAAACCAAGAAGACCCAGUCUACCGAACGUGAGCACAACGUGGACACACAAAAGAAAACUAAAGGGCUUGUGCUUGACUUUGAAGCAGUAGGCACUUCAACAGACAGUGUGAGGUCAAAAUUAGCGGACACACUGCCCAGUUCUCUCAAGGGGGUGACGUCACUAAUAGAGGAGCUCCCAACUGAAAGUCCUGUGCGUCUUCUAAAAAAAGUAGCCUCCAGUCAGUUCCUGUCCCGCGCAACAUCUAUUACCUCCUCACAGACCAGUAGUUCAAACUCAAAUGCUCACUCGAUCAGUGACGAUCCUGAGAGGAAAGUUAGCAAAAGGACAGCGGUUAUGAUUAAUGUAAUGCCUGUGCCAGUAGCUUCAGAUGAGGAAACUGGGAGCAGUCUGUCUCAGUUUUCUGAGCAGAAAAUUGAAGAUAAAAAAAGAGAAUAUAGGAGUUGUGAUACUAGUCAGUUAUCACAGGAAGAAGGUCAGGAUAAGGAGAGUAGAGGGAUAGGAAUGACAGACAGUGAGAGAUUAGCAAAAGGAGGGGAGAAGAGCAGAAAGAUCCAGAUGACAGAUCAAGAUGACACAACUUGGAGAGUGUCGAGUGAAGAGGAGGACAGGGAAGGAGAGGAGAAAGAGGCAAAAAGUAAGACUGAGACAGAGCAAAGAAAGGGAGGAGAGACAGAGCCUGAGGAAGAUAGGAGCAGUCAUGUUAAUAAGGAAAGAGAGGGCGAAGAUUUAAGUGAGACCCAGAAUUCAGUGCAAGAAGAGGAAGAAAGCAUAAAGAGCUAUGCUGAGGAAGAGGACCGUAAAGAAUCAAAUGGACAGAUGCAAAGCCAGAGCAGUGAGCCAGAAGAGGACAAAAGUGAAGAAGAGAGUAAAAGUUUAAGACCUGAAAGUGUUAGUGAAACCACAGAGGAUCAUGUUGAGGGAGAUAAGAGUGAAGAGGAAGAAGCAGCAACAGAAGAAAAUAUUAGUUUUGAAGAAGAGGAGGGAUCUGCUGGAAAAGAGAAAUGUGAGACAGAGAAUGAAGAGGAGAGUGGAAAUGAAAUUGAGGCAGAGAGGGGCAGUAAGGAAGAAGAACAUGAGAGUGGAAUGGAUGAGCAGGAAAGUGAGGAAGAAGAGGAGAGUGAGGAAGGGGACCAGAGUGAAGUAGAAAAUGUAGAGAGUGAGGAAGAAGAGGAGGUGAGCAGAAAGAAUAAGAGUGAGGAUGAAGAUAAAGAAGAUGAUGAAGAGGAAGAGAGUGAGGAUGAAGAGGAUGAGAGUGAGGAUGAAGAGGAUGAGAGUGAGGAUGAAGAGGAUGAGAGUGAGGAUGAAGAGGAUGAGAGUGAGGAUGAAGAGGAUGAGGAGGAGAGUAAAAAUGAAGAGGAAGAGAGUGAAGCAGGAAAAGAAGAGAGUGAGGAUGAAGAGGAGGAUGGUGAGGAUAAGGAAGAGAGUGGGGAUGAAGAGGAAGAGAGUGAAGCAGGAAAAGAAGAGAGUGAGGAUGAAGAGGAGGAUGGUGAGGAUAAGGAAGAGAGUGGGGAUGAAGAGGAAGAGAGUGAAGCAGGAAAGGAAGAGAGUGGGGAUGAAGAUGAGGAUAGUGAUGAUAGAGAGGAAGAGAGUGAGAAUAAAGAGGAAGAGAGUGAAGCAGAAAAGGAAGAGACUGGGGAUGAAGAGGAGGAUAGUGAGAAUGAGGAAGAUAGUGAGGAUGUAGAGGAGGACAGUGAAGAUGCAGAGGAGGAAAGUGAAACAGAGAAGGAGGAGAAUGAGGAAGAAGAGGAAGCAGGUGAAAAGAAGGAGGAGAGUGAAACAGAAAAGGAGGAGAGUGAGGAAGAAGAGGAUGAGAGUGGGGAGGAAGUUGGGGGGGAAGAGAGUGAAGCAGAAAAGGAAGAGGGUGAAGAAGAAGAAGAAGAGGAAAGUGAAGAAAGAAAUAAAGAGGAAGAGGGAGUUGAAAAAGAAACAGAAACUGAAGAAGAGGAAAAUGAGAGUGGUAGAGAAGAAGAAAGUGAGGAUAAUGACGUAGAGGAAUCGGAGCAGGAAAAUAAAGAUAAAGAGAGUAAAGGAUGGAAACCAGAAAAGGACAGUGAAGAUGAUAAAGAGGAGGAGGAAGGAGAUGAGCAAGCAGGAGAGGAUAAGAAUGAAGAAGAAGAAGAUGACCAAGAGGCUACAAAUGAAAUAGAAGCUGCGGAAGAAGAGCCUAAGAAAAACCAAAAAGAAAACAGAAAUCCUUUUAUAUCAAAGCAAUCUAAAUCAAAGCGAGAGGCCUCGAGGAGUGGAAAGGGUUCGGCUAGGAACCGGCGGUCAGACCCAGAGUCUCAGGAGCCUCGACAGUUCUGGGAUGAUGUUCUUCCUAAAUACCUCAACUUAAAAUAAAUCCAUCUGCCUUAAUCUGAGUCAGUUUUAUUCUCUGUGUGAUGAACAGACUUUAUUUCAGCACAUUUCAUUUUUCACAUUCUUAGAAUUUAAGUCUUAAUGGAAAAAGAAUAAAAAAUCUUAUUCUGCGAAUGUCUGUAAUCCCCAACAGCUGGUAUUUCCUACAGUGUACGUCUUACUCAUUUCUACACUUAUCCUCUGUCCCAUAUCACUUCUUACAUACCUCCUGAUUGGACAGGAUCGCUUGAUAGGUCCAUGUAUUUAUUCGAUUUGUUUAUUACUUUUUAUAUAAUUAUCAUUUAUUUUUAAUUUGUCAUAUUAUUUUUUUAAAUGUCUUUGGUCUGUACUAUUAUUUUGUUCACA